AAAUAUUAUUCUUUAUGUGAGUCUGGCCGAAAUAUAACUUUUAUUUUUUUUUGUGUCAUUUUAUAAUUAUAAUUUAAUGUAUCAAUCACAAAUAUCACAAAGCUGUGAAAAAUGACAAAUGAAGACGAUUAUGGAGAUCCAUCUAGCGAUACUGGAUUAGCUGAUUUUCUAGCUGUCCACCUCGUUAGCCAAGUCUUAGAAGAGGCCUGUAUUAUAGUAAAUAAUGCUAGAGAUUCUGGUCAUCCAUGGAGAUACAUAUCAAGUCUAAAAAAAAUACGGAACUAUCGAUGGGAUGAGAUUAACAAUGAUGAAUUGACUUUUGUUGUUUCAAAGGAUGAUAGUCAGUACGAGAAUCAAGAGAAUAUGGUCGUUACAUCAACACCUCAAAAAAUAGAAAAUAAUAUCGCAAAAUCUAGAAACGAAGUUAGUUUUAUGGGUCAAGGUGAUGAAGAGUUGGAAGUGAGAGGACCUUACGAAUUGCGGAAGUCUACUUCAAUGUUUAUAAACCAUUUAUUUGACAUGAGUGAUGUUGAGCAUGUAAUUAUUACCGAUGGACCAAAUAUGAUAGAAAAUAGAAAUACCAGAUCUGAAGAAUUAUUAACAGAAACAAAUAAAAAUAAUUUAGAAGGCAAACAACAAAGUAUCCAACUUCAAGCGAAUGCUUACGAAGUGAAGAGCGAAGAAAAUUACUCGAGUUACUCAUUUUUAAGCGAUGCUCUUUUUACCGAUAACCCUAAAGAUUUUGAUUUUUUUAAAUGUGAUAAUGAUAAAACUAAGGAAAACAAACUAUUGGACGAUGUUCAAAAUUCUACAAUUAAAGAAUUGACGCGUAAUCUAAACGAAACUAUAGAAAAAAUGGAUAACAAUGAUCUUGAAAUGUACGAAAAUGCAUUUUUAACCAUGAAUCGUGAUUAUGAUCAAAAUUCGGAAGAAGACGAGCCUGUCUUACAAGAUCCGAAGGUAGCUUCUUUGGAGGAAGUAGAUUUAAUAACUAUCAGCAAUUCUAACGAUAACGUAAUUAAACAUGAGACAGCAAAGGAGUUAAAUGCUGUAUCUGGAGUAUCCAAUACUGGUACUAGUUCUCGAAAGAGUAAUAUUAUGCGUCGUUGCCGGAAUCAGGGAGUAAAACUUUUAUCUUGCUUAAGGGGAUGGUUAUGGCGAAAGAAACUGUUUGGAAAACGCAAAGAACCUCGUGGCUGCGGUUCGAUUCGAGGGCUAUAUCCUCUAUCGCCUGAUGCCCGUCGUCGAGCGGCUAGUCUUCUUGAUCACCGAAAUUUAAGCACACCAUCCCCUCCAAGAUCAGUUGUGUGGAAGUUUAACACUGUCAACGAAGCUCUUGUUCAUUCUUCUCAUUGGAAAGAUUUUGAAUUUAAGAUGAAUCUCAAUGAAAACGAUGAAUUUUGAUUUAAUUGAUAACGAUAGUUGAUAUUUAUUACAAAAUAUUAAUUAUUAAUAAUAAAAAAUAUACUUAUAUGA